AUGGAUGGUAUCAAUUUGAAAACCACCCAUCGAAACGAAGUUUUGGCCAUUAACGCGGCUCAAUCCGCAUCUACAAAACUAAGUACUGCUGAGAAGACUCUUGCAGAGGCUAAAGUAGUCUUACAGAGACUACAAACUCAGAAUCCCGAGUACACGACCGAUUACUUUUCGAAUCAAUGGGAAAGACAGAAAAAAUGUCAGUUGGAUGCGAUGUCAAAUGGGACGCUGAAAAAUUUAGAAGAACAAUUGAUAAAUUUGCUUGACUUGGAGGAGAAAUUGAGGGAUGCUCUUUCCCAGCUCAACAACUUACGCAAAAAAAAGAGACGAAAUCGUACUGAGGCUGAGAAGGAAGCGGCGAUCACUCUACCAGCUUCGAUAGUGGCCAUGGAAAGUGCGAUAGGGGAUGUUGUCAAACAGCUAGGUAGUGAAGACUUUCGAAAACUCAAGCAAGCUACUGAUCCAAAGGCCCGUGCUCUUAUUCGUGUACGGCUGGCAAAGAUGAAGUUAUACGAGGCCAAGGUUGGAAUUAUAGUUGCACAAAAGCAAUGGGACAAAAACGGUCAAGGUACAAAAAUUCAACAAAAUUUGAAAAAACUGAUGACACGAAAGCAGUUGAUGUUCAAAAGGAAGUGGGAGUCGUAUCGGCUCCAAGUGACCAAGUAUAAUGCAAUCAGGCCACUGAGUCAUCUAACAUGCCCUAAAAUAGACGAGAGCAAAGCUUUACCAUUCGAGGACAUUUUUUGGAAUGUCGAACCUCUAUCUCACCCAUCGGAGAGGUGGGCAGUUGACCCAGGGACCAUUGAAGGAAUCCAAUCGUAUUUGAAGUACCGGAGCAGCUGCGAAGAGCUUCGCCGCAUAGGGCGUGAAGUCCGGCAGAUGGUCUUGGCAAGUCUUCAGACUGACAACAAGCUAGACAGCUUGCAUAAUUCAUUGGAUAGCGAUUGGGAUCGUGAUAAUGGUGGGAAAGAGCUGAUUGAGCUCAUUCAACCUGGACAAAGAGUGUCGAAAGAUGUGUGGGAAGCAAGUGUCGAGGUGAUGAGGACUGUCUACCGUAACCUGCGUCAGAGUUAUUGCCGCAAGUGGAUGGAUUGGGACUCUGACAUGGGGCGUCUACUUCGAGCAACACUCCAGUACACUACGUGUUCAGAAGAUGAUAAUUUAGUCUUGUUCGCGCGCUGGCAAGCACUGGUGAGGAGAGGUAAGAUGUUGUGGGAAGUAAUUGUCGAUGCGACAAGUGUUGAAGCUUCGGGUCUUGACGAACUGGAAAUUAUUGAGCAGAACUUGAUGCUGGCCGAUGAAGAAGAUGAUGUAGAUGAUUUGAUGCGGUUGAAUGAGUUGUACUUGAUGGAUGAUACAGAUGAUAGUGACGAUGAGAUGGAUAUCGAUGAUUACAUGAGCUGA